AUGUUGGAAGGACUCGUUGCGUCGCUGCUCAACCGCUUCCUGGGCAUGUACAUUCGCAAUUUCGAUCCUAAACAAUUAAACGUGGGCAUAUGGUCGGGCGAUGUUAAGCUGCGGGAUCUGGAAUUACGGCGAGAGGCUUUGGACCAACUGAAACUACCUAUAAAUGUGGUUGAGGGACAUUUGGGACAACUCACAUUAAAGAUCCCAUGGUCGAAUCUGCGAGGUCAGCCAGUGCAGGUCUAUAUCGAGGAUGUAUUCGUCCUGGCAGCUCCCAAAGAAGAUGCAGAGUGGGACGAGGAAGAAGAGGAACGCAGGAGGCAGGCUGUCAAGAUUGAGAAGCUGGACAGUGCGGAGAUGCUGAAGGAGCGGAACUCAGAAGGUCUCAGUCAAGAAGAGCAACAGAAGAGCCAGAGCUUCACAGACAGUCUGGUUACCAAGAUUGUAGACAACCUUCAGAUCACGGUCAAGAACAUUCAUGUACGAUACGAAGACUCGAUAUCUGCCCCAGGACAUCCAUUUGCUCUCGGUUUGACUCUCAAAGAAUUCAGUGCCAUCAGUACAGACGGAAAUUGGAAACCUACGUACAUUCAAAAUUCGGUAGGGACCACACAUAAGCUCGCUACCUUGGGUGCAUUGGCUCUCUAUUGGAAUACAGAUACGAAAUUACUUGGGACUGGUAGAGAAGCCGAAGUUGCAGAUGCUGAAGUGACGCCGCAUGACGAGAUGCUUGAGAAGUUCAGAGACAUGAUCAUCCGUGGAGAAAACCCUGAAGGAGCUGCACAUCAAUACAUUUUGAAACCAGUCAGCGGACAGGCCAAAAUCGAGAUGGACAAAUCUGGAAAGUCUACUGUUCCUCACGUCAAGGCUGGCUUGAUCUUCGAUGAAAUUGGUCUCGUCUUGGACGACGAUCAGUAUCGUGAUGCUCUAAUGAUGGUUGAUUUGUUCCAUUACUUCAUCCGUCAUCAAGAGUAUAAGAAGCUCCAACCCAAAGGCGUCAGCCCGAAGGAAGAUCCACGAGCAUGGCUUCAGUUUGCUGGAAAUGCCGUGCUGAGCAAGAUUCAUGACCGCAAUCGACGAUGGUCUUGGGAUUUCUUCAAGGAGAGAAGGGAUGACAGGAUACGCUACAUUGAGCUGUUCAAGAAGAAGAAGAAACAGACUGAACAGUUGACCCCUGACGAAGUAACGGAGCUCAACAAGCUCGAGUGGAAGUCAAGUUAUGAGGACAUGCGAUUCUGGAGAUCACUGGCUCGAAAUCAGUUGAGAAAGGAGAACGUUGGUGUCAAAAAGACGGACUCAGCGAAGAAGAAUCAAGGCUGGGUUGCUUGGGCAUGGGGUUCAAAGCCCCAAGAACAAGAAGAAGACUCUGAGACGACUAUGACUGAAGAGCAACGCAAAGAAUUGUACGAUGCCAUUGAUUGGGACGAAAAGACUGCUCUAGCCGAGAGCGUUGAUCUACCAAAGGAAACAGUCAAGAUGCAACUCAAUGCGUCCCUCAACACUGGAAGUUUUACAUUGAAGCAGAACCCGCAUGACGAUGUAGUUGAAAUACUCAGCCUGUAUUUCGAUGGCUUCAGAGCAAAAUUCCUUCAAAGACCAGAUUCUUUCUUGGCCGAUGUUAGUCUUGCAGGACUGAGAGUCAACGAUGGGACAACGCCGGAAAGUCUAUUUCCACAAAUCGUUCGCGUCAAAGAUGCUCCCGACACUCCGAUACCCAAGAUCACACUGGACGACGAGAGCGAUCCAGCAGAUUUGGUUGACCCCUUCUUCAACUUCCAACUAGAGAAGAACCCACUUGAUGGGCAAGGUGACAUUGCUGUUACAGGCAAGUUGAAACCACUAGAGAUCAUCUGGAAUCCCCACUUCUUAGUCGGCGUCAUCCAAUUCUUCAAGCCUCCAGAACGGCACAUGGAGUCCAUUGGAGCACUUAUGGAAACUGCUGGUGCAACAGUUGAGAGCUUGCGACAGCAAACAAGAGCUGGGCUUGAGUUUGCAUUAGAAGAGCACAAGACCAUCAAUGCUAAAUUGGACCUUCAAGCACCUUUGAUCAUCGUACCUGAGAGUAUCACCACGAAGAACACAAUCUGUUUGAUUUUAGACGCAGGUCACAUCAGUGUCAACAGUCAACUCGUCGAUCGAGACACCAUGGAUGAAGUGCAAUCCAAGCAGAAACAGAUGUACACAGACGAUGAUUACAAACGCCUCGAAUCUCUUAUGUACGACAAGUUCCAGGUCAAACUCUCCUCGACCCAAGUUCUCAUUGGACCAUCAAUCGAGGCAACAAAGGCCCAACUGGAGGAUCGAGAUGAUAAGCAGUCGAUGCAUAUCGUGGAGCAAAUCAAUGUCGAUUUCAUGGUGGAACUUUCGAUUAUUCCCAAGGCUCCAAAUUUGGCAAAAGUCCGGAUAUCAGGACAUCUUCCCCUACUUCAUGUUUCGGCUUCCGACAAGAAGUAUAAGAGCUUGAUGCGUAUUAUCGAGGUUGCCAUACCAAAUCUAGACGAGGAAGAGGAGAAACCAGGGACUGUUGCUCCUAAGACUCCAGAGGCCUCGCGCCAAAGAUCACAGAGCAAUCUCUCCAAAAAGCAAAGUAUGUCGAAGGAAAACAGGAAAUCUGCAUCGUUCCAGUUUACUACUCAAGAAGCCGUCAUUCUCCAAGAUGAAUCAGAUGAUGAAACAGAGUUCCAGGAUGCGUCCCAUGGAGAUGAUGCCUCAGAGAAAUUGAAGCUUCAGCAACGAAAUUUUGAGCUAAAGUUCGAGGUGGACCGUCUCCAGGGUUCUCUUUAUCGGAGCGAUCCAGAUGGCCGGAAGCCAGACCAACUUCUAGUAGAGUUAGUUGCGGACAAAUUCAGCCUCAACCUGUGUGUACGGCCUUACGACUUGAUCGUAGAGACUUCCCUAGAGUCUCUAAUGGUGGAUGAUUAUGUCGAAGAACAUCCUACUGCUGAAUUCAAGUCAAUCGUGUCAUCAGGAGAUGCAGACUCACAAGAGAACAAAGACCUCAUACAUGUCAAGCUCGUCAGGGUGAAGAAAGAAUCACCAGAAUUUAUGCCCAAAUACGAAGGGGUGGAGACCAACCUAAACUGUGCAAUUUCGACUAUCAACUUGGUAGUAACACGCAAAACACUCCUCACACUACUCGACUUCAUUCUGAUUACGUUCACCAACAAUGAUGCACCAACGACUGCUGCAUCGCCUGACGAGAUUAUGGACAGCGACAACAAGGAACUCGUUCCGGCAGCUGCGCCAAAGCCGGCUGAUUCUGGAUCUGUUCGAAUCAAAAUUGACUUGAAAAGCAUCAGACUUAUCCUUAAUAACGACGGGAUACGCCUUGCGACCCUCUCCUUGAAUGCUGCCGAUGUUGGCAUCUUUGUUCUGGGCAAGACUUUACGUAUUCGUGCUAAAUUGGGCGACUUGUCUCUGCUUGAUGAUAUUAACCAGGGUGCAUCUCCCGAUUCAAGCUUACGACAAUUAAUCACCAUCCAAGGUGAUGAUCUAGCAGACUUCCGAUAUGAGACCUUCGAUGCAGAAAAUACCGAAUCGUAUCCUGGAUAUGAUUCCUCGAUAUUUCUGCGAGCUGGUUCCAUCAAGUUGAAUUUCCUGGAGGAGCCUUUCCGAAAAAUCAUCGACUUUCUUGUUAAAUUUGGAAAGAUGCAGGCGAUUUUCAACGCUGCUAGACAAGCCGCAGCAAAUCAAGCAUCACAAAUCCAGCAAAGUACUAGUCGCUUCAAGUUUGACAUCAAUGUGAAGACACCGAUCGUGGUCUUCCCUCGGGCAGUUGUUCCAGACCGCCCUCAUCGAGAUCUCAUUACUGCGUAUCUUGGCGAGAUAUACGCUGAGAACAAGUUCGUCCCUCUCGAUGACUCCAAGGAUUCGAUAAUUGCCAUGAAAUUGUCAGCUGGCAUUCGGAAUAUUCGUCUCACUUCUGACUUCUAUUUCCACGAAGACAAGAGCGAAGAACUAGAACUCAUUGACAAAGUGGAUCUGGGCUUCCAAGUCACUUAUGCUGAGCACUCGCCUGGUAUCAAGAGACCUGACAUGGAAAUCGAGGGCCACAUGACUGAUUUCAAUCUUCGCAUAAGCCAAAUGCAGCUGAAGUUCCUGCUCGAGCUAGCACGGUCUGUUCCAGCAGCUUUUGCCGUGGAUUCAGACGAAGACGAGCAACAAGCUAUUGAAGAUGUCCCCGCCCAGACAUCAAAGAAAGCCAAGACCAUACAGCCCAAAGAACCUGAAAACUCCGAUCACAGCUCAGCCCUCGUUGACCUCGGCCCGGAACUUGGUGUUGACUCGAAGAACUGGACCAAACUUGAUCUUGCCUUCCAUGUCCAUACUAUUGGCUUGGAACUGCUUCUAGCGAAGGAGGAUGAACCGAUUGGCGACAUUGAAGCUGCAAGCUUAUCCAAGUUCUCCUUGGACGAUACCAAAGUCAAAUUGAGAAUGAUGACUGAUGGCUCCCUGGAGUCGGAGCUGCUUAUUGAUUCCUUUACAAUUCAAGAUAGCCGCUCUCGAACCACGAACAAAUUCCGGAAGAUCAUGACUUCUUCCAACAAGGACGUACAGCAGUUCAUGGCCAGUGUCACGAUUUCUGGAGGCAAAGAACGUAAUUUGAUCGCCAUCAUUGCCGUUGACAGUCCUCGCGUUAUCUUCGCUCUCGACUAUAUCUUCGCCCUGCAGUCAUUUGUCGCAGGCGGCCUCGCUGUCGAUGAGCCGGUGGUACCAGAGGACGAUGAAAGUAUCGCGGAUUCAGCAGAUGACUCGGAUACAGACAUGUUACAAUUGAGCAAGAUGUCGAGGCCAAUAUCAGCUCGUUCGAAAUCUCAAACACCUACAUCGAGUCAGUCUUCUCAAUCGAGCGAUCCGCCGAUGAACAUUGCGUUUAGGGUCAAUAUCGUUGAUGCGCAGGUCAUUUUGAUUGCCAAUCCUCUCAGUGCAAGUUCCGAAGCUAUAGUCCUUGGCACCAAGCAAGUCCUUUUGGCUCAACAGCAUGCGCUUACGCUGCAGGUUUCUCAGAUGGGCAUGUUCUUAUGUCGCAUGGAUCGAUUUGAAGACACUCGGCUACGGAUCCUUGACGAUUUCUCUCUACAGAUGUCUAUGGACAGCUCGAAAGCAGAUCUCACGAGUAUGCAUCUCGAUGUCGAGCCACUGGUACUUCGCUUGUCUCUUCGUGAUAUUCUUCUGGCUUUGCAAAUUGUCAGUCGAGCAUCAGAGCUCUCGAAAGAUGAUGACAAGGAGGAUGGCAAAGCCCUUGCUUCAGAUGUCAAGGCCAAGCAGCUCAAAGGCUCCAGUGGUACCUCCCUUAAGCGACGGUCAGCCAGCGGCAAAGCCACUUCAACGAUGGCAAAAAAGACCAAGUCAGGUUCAGUUGCACCGUCUCGCCUCCGUAACGAGACGUCAGCUGGUAAAGCUGUGCAGAAGCAUGAAGAAAUGACCGCGACGCUGGAAGGCAUGAGAGUCAUUCUCAUUGGCGACCUCCAUGAAUUGCCGAUUCUGGAUCUUAGCAUAAAGAAUUUCACGGCAUCUGCAAAUGAUUGGUCGAGCAGUCUACGAGCAGACACGAGCAUUGAUAUGUAUAUCAAUAUCUACAAUUUUGCCAAGUCUUCCUGGGAGCCCUUGAUUGAGCCCUGGAGUUUAGGCCUCCAGGUUGCGAAGGAUCAGGACCCAGAUAGCAUGUUUAUCGAUCUUACGUCGCAGAAGAUGCUUGAGCUGACUGUCACAUCCGCUACGAUUGCACUUGCGUCCAAAUCAUUCCAAUUCUUGACGCAAGAAGAAGACGUGCUUUCAAAGCCACGGGGAGCAGAGGCACCGUACAGAAUUCGAAAUUAUACUGGAUUCGAUGUCAACGUCUGGGCCGAUGUUCCUGGAGAAGAAAACGACAUGGCUGUGAAGUUAGAAGACGGAGAAGAAGGCCCUUGGCGUUUCGAGGAUUGGGAGAAGAUGCGUGAAAAUCUAUCUCCAGAGAGCAACACUGGUGUCAUUGGUGUUCGACUCGAAGGCAGUGGCUUCGACAGCAUCAAUAAGAUUGGGGUGAAUCGUGAAGGAGAAUACUUGUACAGCCUCCGACCCAGAAAAGAUCAGAUUCUCCAUCGUCUUCUCGUCGAGAUCACACUUGGCACAGAUAAUGUCAAGUACAUCACCUUGCGUUCGCCUCUGCUGGUAGAGAACAAGACUCAAAUUCCAGUUGAGCUUGGCGUUUUCGAUGCACAAGAGGGUCAUCUUUUGAAGAUCGAGAAAAUCGCACCGGGAGAGAGUAGACCUGCCCCAGUAGGCGCUGCUUUCAUGAAGUCGCUGCUGGUGAGACCUGACCAAGGAUUUGGCUAUUCAUGGUCUACUGAAUCGUUAUGGUGGAAAGACCUACUUCAGCGCCCUACCAGGACGAUGGUGUGCAAAGCCGAGCAAGACAAGAACACUCCGCCGUUCUACUUCCAGAUGCAUGCUACCUUCGACAAGAGCAAUCCCCUCACAAACAUCUACCCAUACAUGAGGAUACGACUUUCUGCUCCUGUAGAACUGGAAAACCUUCUACCAUAUGACUUCAAGUACCGGAUCUAUGACAAGAACACCAAGAAGGAUUGGACAAACUUCCUCCGUAAAGGUGGCCUCAGUCCAGUCCAUGUUGUUGAGCUGUCCCAUCUCCUCCUUUUGAGUAUCGAUAUGCAAGACACUGUAUUCAAGGCAAGCGAAUUCGCCAUCAUCAAUUCAAACAAUCAAGAAGACUUCCGAAAGGAGUCGAUACUUGUUUGCAAAGAUAACGAAGGUCUCGCGCUCAAUCUCCGGCUCCAUUAUUACAAGAUCCCGGACAGUGGCGGUGCGUUUAGAGUGACUGUGUACAGCCCGUACGUUAUUCUGAACAAAACUGGUCUUGGUAUCAAUAUCAGAGCCAAGUCGCUCCUGCAGCAAGCAAAGACAGCCGCAGGUCAAGGUUUCCACACGGACUCGGCAGAUACAGAGCGACGCAAAGCUCUUCCUUAUAUGUUUGCAUUCGGAGCCGAUGAUCAACGUAAUCGUGCUUUGCUCAAGGUUGGAGAGUCGGCAUGGAGUAGGCCUCAGAGUUUCGAUGCCAUUGGAAGCACAGUGGAUGUUGUCCUACCGUCCUCGACCAAGAAUACGGAGAUUCAUAUUGGUAUCACGGUGGCAGCUGGAGAUGGAAAGUAUAAGAUGACAAAGGUUGUCACGCUUGCUCCUCGAUUCGUGAUCAAGAACCAGAUGAAAGAGGAACUCAAUGUCCGAGAGCCUGGAUCUUCCCAGCUGAUGACUCUUCAGCCAGGCGCUCUUCAGCCUCUACACUUCCUACAAAAGAGUGCAGUCAAGCAAUUGUCUUUAUGCUUCCCAGGUCUCAACAAUCAAUGGUCAUCUCCUUUCACCAUCUCCGAUCUGGGCGUCGCACAUAUCAAGCUUGCAAAAGCUGGCCAAAGACAGCAGCUUAUCCGAGUCGAAAUCCUCAUGGAGAAUGCUACUAUUUUCCUUCACCUCAUUCCUGAGACGAAGAAUUGGCCAUUCUCUAUGCGAAACGAGAGUGACACAGAGUUUAUGUUCUUUCAGGCGAAUCCAAAUCUGGAUGAUGAGGAUGCUGAAGACAGGUCUGGCUGGCGGCCAAUUCGAUAUCGACUGCCGCCAAGGAGUAUCAUGCCAUAUGCCUGGGAUUAUCCAGCUGCCAAACACAAGGAAUUGAUCCUCAAUGCCAAUGGCAAGGAGAGACACGUCAAGCUUGCGGAGAUUGGAAACUUGAUUCCCAUGAAAAUUCCACCUCCUCGUGAUGCACCUGGUGCAAGAGAGCCGAAGAUCAUCGACCUCAACGUUGCUGCUGAUGGUCCUACACAAACCCUGAUUUUGUCGAACUACAAAGCUUCGAAGAGUUUGUACAAGCAGAAAACUCGAACCGAUUCGACGACUAGUCUUUCUGGUGGUUUCGAAGUCAAGUCUCAGGACACCGGUGUCACUUUCAGAGCUCAGCUCAAGCUCGCUGGAUUCGGCAUAUCACUGGUCAAUGCUCAUUUGAAGGAGCUUGCUUAUGUGACCUUCCGAGAUAUCUCGCUCAAGUAUUCAGAAUCGCCUCUGUUCCAGACCUUUAUCGCAGGAGUCAAAUGGGUGCAGAUUGACAACCAACUUUAUGGUGGGAUCUUUCCAAUGAUCCUGUACCCGAGCGUUGUGCCCAAGAAUCAGAAAGAGACCGAGUCUCACCCCUGUGUUCAUGUUAUGGUCACACGAGUUAAAGACGAUUCAUAUGGUGUACUCUACAUCAAGUAUGCGACUCUUUUGUUGCAGCAAAUGACACUCGAGAUCGAUGAGGAUUUCGUCUUCGCGUUAUUGGAUUUCUCCAAAGUACCAGGUGCUAGCUGGGCCGAGACACAUGAAGGCGUUCUCUGUGAUGAGAAUCUGGACAUCCCAGAGCCAUCUCAGGAUCAAUCCGGCCAAGACAUAUAUUUCGAAUUGCUCAAUAUUCAGCCCAUGCAACUUGAUCUAUCCUUCGUUCGAACAGACCGAGUCAACGUGGAGGACAAGACGUCAUCAAGAAAUCCGUUGAUGUUCUUCUUGAAUGUGCUCACCAUGGCUAUUGGUAACAUCAAUGAUGCUCCUGUCCGACUCAAUGCGCUCAUGCUGGAGAAUGCUCGCGUCUCUGCAGGUAUCUUAAUUCAGAAUAUCACGAAUCACUACUCGCAAGAGGCGCUCUACCAAGUACACAAAGUUCUUGGUUCAGCUGAUUUUCUUGGUAACCCUGUUGGCCUCUUCAAUAAUAUGAGCUCAGGAGUGGCGGAUUUGUUUUAUGAACCAUACCAAGGAUUCAUCAUGGCUGAUAGACCGGAGCAACUCGGUAUCGGCAUCGCGAAAGGAGCAACCAGUUUCGUGAAGAAGUCUGUCUUUGGCGUCUCAGACAGUUUCUCUAAGUUUACUGGUAGUAUUGCUAAGGGCCUCGCAGAAGCUACCAUGGAUAAGCAGUUUCAAGAUCGUCGCCGCAUGACCCGUUCUCGCAACCGUCCAAAGCAUGCACUCUACGGCGUUACGGCAGGUACAAACUCCCUCGUCAGCAGUGUCGCCAGCGGCAUCGGUGGUCUCGCACGAAAACCACUUGAAGGAGCCGAGCAGGAAGGUGUUGCAGGUUUCUUCAAAGGAGUCGGGAAAGGCGCAUUAGGAUUUGUCACCAAGCCUGCAAUUGGAGUUUUCGACCUCGCUUCCAAUGUCAGUGAAGGCAUUCGCAACACGACCACUGUCUUCGACGGCGAUGGAUUGGAACGCGUGCGCCUCACUCGCUUCAUCGGUACAGACGGUAUCGUGCGGCCUUACUCCCAACGUGAAGCCCUUGGUCAAUUCUGGCUUAAGCAACUCGACAACGGGAAAUACUUCAACGAGUCAUACAUCGCUCAUCUCGAGCUCCCACGGGAGGACGUGGUCGUAAUGCUGACCUACAGUCGUAUCAUGCUCAUCAAGAGCAAGAAGUUGACGAGCGAGUGGGAUGUUCCGUUGAAGGAUAUUCAAACUAUCAGUAAGGAGAGGACAGGAUUAAGUUUGACACUCAGAGGAGGCACGAAUGGACCUUUCAUUCCGGUGGCGGAGGAGAGCUCGAGGAACUUUUUGUACAAGAAGAUUGGGGUGGCCGUUAAUGAGUUUAAUAAGAAGUAUAAGGCCACGGAGUAG